UACCAAAGUUGCCACUUCACAAUUACAGGCAUUCCUUCAACUGCAUUGAAUAUACCAGUGUACGUUUUUAUCAUUGUAGCCGAACGUUUAAAUCCGUCCAGUUGAGACGUGAUCGCAUAUCAUUCUAGUCGUCAAUCAGCUCUUUCAACGUAGACUCUUCAGCACAGCAACAAGGGAAAAUAUGGAAGCAAACCUCGCAUCGAAAAUCCACGCUGUGGCAGCACUAGUGACUGUGAUUCUAAUAGCUGACGGACUUAAUGGUGUUGCAGCAAACGGGCCUUGCUCUAAUACUUUGUCCUCCUUAUCAGCGUGCAUGCCAGCGAUCGAAGGUGAAAACCCUCAAUCGCCAUCUGUUGCGUGCUGCGAUGUCGUCCGCGGCUCCGAUGCAAGUUGCCUUUGCAGUAUUGUCACCACGUACGCCAACCUUACGGAUGCCAUGGGCAUUAAUCUGCGCGCCGCUCUCCUCUUGCCUAAACAAUGCAAGCGCGCCGUUCCCUCUGGUUUCACUUGUGGCGGCUACGUCAUCCCUCCCUAUGCUUCAUCUAACCGCAAGCUCAUGACCGCUUAGGCGUGAGCCUGGCCAGCACAUUGGUCAACACAAACGUCGUCUGUUUGAAGAGGCACGUUUCAGAUUAAUGAGAAUUGGUCAUGUAAAGUUUGCGCUCAAAAGAAAUUAAAUACAAGUAAACUCAACGCAAUUCUUCCUGCAUUCGAUCUUA